AUGAGAGUUCCUAGCAUAUUGUUCCUCUCCCUGCUGCUGAGCAACUGCCUGGACUUGGGCAACGCUCUGUUUUUCAAGGCACUAAAAGGACUGAAGGGAAGCGCUGGUUCGGGCUAUAGAAGCUACAACUAUGGCUAUGACGGCUAUUCGGCAAACUAUGGCCAUAACUAUAACGGCGUAUAUGGUGGAUACGGAGGUUAUGAUGGUUAUGGCUAUGGCUAUGGGUAUCCACAGCAGCCGUACAGGACAAGAAAUCGACAGCGCACAGGACGCACCUACUCGGAUAUUGCUAAUGUCUUACGGCCGGAUCCCUAUCUAGGACUAGGCGCGGGUCGUUAUCUACCGCGUGCUCCAUAUUCCCAUCUGUGGGGCUAG